GCAGUGGGCAGGUCGCCAUCUUGAUUUUGCAGAGGCUUCCGCUAUUCCUCCACGGAGUGAAUUUUGCUACUUUCGUUAACUUCUCCACCAGAGCUCUUUUAGUUUUGGAGGAAUUCAGUGAAGGAAAAGAUGACGGGACGGCAACCGGCCUGUGUCAUUGACAAUGGAACGGGGUAUACAAAAAUGGGUUUUGCUGGAAACACAGAGCCACAAUAUAUUUUGCCAACAGCUAUUGCCAUAAAGGAAUCUGCUAAAGUUGGAGACCAGGCUCAGCGGAGAGCUGCCAAGGGUAUUACCGAUUUAGAUUUUUACAUUGGUGAUGAAGCAGUAGAGGCUCCAGGUUAUGCGACAAAGUGGCCUAUUAGGCAUGCUAUUGUUGAAGACUGGGACUUAAUGGAAAGAUUCUGGGAGCAUUGUAUAUUCAAAUAUCUGCGAGCUGAACCAGAAGACCAUUAUUUCCUUCUUACCGAACCACCAUUAAACACACCUGAAAACAGAGAGUACACUGCAGAAAUUAUGUUUGAGUCAUUUAACAUUCCAGGCUUGUACAUUGCUGUGCAGGCUGUGUUGGCUCUUGCUGCAUCAUGGACUUCUCGUCAAGUUGGAGAAAGGACACUUACUGGUACAGUGAUUGAUUCAGGAGAUGGUGUGACUCAUGUUAUUCCAGUGGCUGAGGGUUAUGUCAUUGGCAGCUGCAUAAAACACAUCCCCAUUGCUGGCCGCGAUAUUACCUUCUUUGUUCAGCAACUUCUUCGUGAACGUGAAGCAGGAAUACCACCAGAGCAGUCUAUGGAAACUGCUAAAACCAUCAAGGAACGCUGGGGCUAUAUCUGCCCAGACAUUGCAAAAGAAUUUGCAAAGUAUGAAGCUGAGCCAGCCAAGUGGAUCAAGAAGUAUGAGGGUGUGAAUGCUAUUACCAAGAAGCCUUUUGCGGUAGAUGUGGGAUAUGAACGAUUUUUGGGCCCGGAAAUUUUCUUCCACCCGGAGUUCUCUAACCCAGAUUUCACCACCCCUCUGUCUGAGGUUGUGGACAACGUGAUUCAGAACUGUCCAAUUGAUGUCCGUAGGCCUCUUUACAAGAACAUUGUGUUAUCUGGUGGUUCAACCAUGUUCCGUGACUUUGGCCGCCGCCUUCAACGUGACAUCAAGCGUGCAGUAGACGCUCGACUAAAACUUAGUGAGCAACUAAGUGGAGGACGCAUUAAGCCGAAACCAAUUGACACUCAAGUUAUAACCCAUCACAUGCAACGCUAUGCUGUGUGGUUUGGAGGAAGUAUGCUGGCUUCUACGCCGGAAUUCUACACAGUAUGCCACACCAAGGCGGACUACGAUGAGCACGGACCUAGCAUUUGUCGUCACAAUCCCGUGUUUGGCGCCAUGUCUUGAGAACAAAGUUCCAUUCUUUAGGUCACUUUUAGGUUCCGUCGAAAUUCACUUUGAUCUUUGCAAGAUAAUUGUUAAAUAGAAACUUUUUACCAGUCUUAUGCUGAGAGUAAUCGUUAUUCUUUGGUUAGCGGCAGGUUCUUGACCACCAGUCGCUGAAUUCGGGUACUGUAGACUCUUGGUUAAAGGUUGAGCUUUGACUGAAAGAGUCAGCAGUUUUCAUUGUAACUUCAGAAAUUAAGCAUACCUCUAAAGAUUGUAGCAGAUAAUUAUAUUGUUUUUUGUAUGUUUGUUUGUUUGUUUGUUUUUCAUGAGUGACACGAAGCUCAUUUUCUUCAAAAUAUUGCGCAUUUCUGAAUUUUGAUGCUAUUACCAUUUCUGAUGGCAUGGCAUUGGCAACAUUUCUGUUCCAGGUGUCAAUCAGAAAAUGAAUUUUGAAGUAAGGGUUUCACUACUUAAGGAAUUGUGUAUUUGAAAUUCUUUGUAAAGUUACGUGCGUUGAUUUUGUUCGGAGAAGAAAAACUCGGAUAGCCGAUGAUUUCGGCGUAGCAAAAGAGCAAGCCUAACAUAACUUGUGUUUUAAAAUUGCCAUAGAAGUAGGAGACCACUUUUUCGAGCAUCCAAAGAAAGUGAAAUGUUAUUAAAUGCUGACCUCCAUUUAGACGAACCCCAUUGCAGUACAAAAGAAGUCGUUCUUAAAAAGACUUCGGUUUUGAUUUCAUGUGACUUUUUUCCGUUCAUGCUAUCAAGGGAACUUUGUUUCCAAUUCAGCCGUUUUAUCUGUUGUAGCACUUUAGCGCGAACGAGCCUGACUUUUUGGCCAACCAAAUGUGAUUUAGAGAAUGAGUGGCUCACUUUCUGAGCCAGUGUUGUAUCAUUUGGUCAACCUUUAUAUUUCCACGCUUUGUAUGUUAAACAGAUUUUCUUGGAUUAUGUAUCGCCACAGCGAACGGUGUAUUGAAACAUAUUUUGAAAAAUAAAAUUCCUUUGUUAAAGAAUCAAA